ACUUGAAUCAUCGACACAUCGCUCCCGCUGUCCUCCACGUGAACAACUCGCACUCCCGUGCAGCGUCGUACGCAACGGACAGUUCACGUUUGCUGGGGAAGGAGCAAGCUUCGAACAUGGAGUUAUCAGCCAGGACUAGGGUCCUGGAAGAGCCGGCGUUGCUGUACCUCGUCCUGCAACAUCUGUCACAACAAGAGCUCCUGCGCGUGCAGAGAGUCUGCCAGACAUGGAGAAGCCUCAUAUCGGCCGACUCGAGACUCCAAGCGACAAUGUGGCUACACCCUGGUAUUCCCAUCGACCGCGUUGACGUGGCUACCACAGAGAUCAAUCCACUUCUACACCGCGUGUUCCAACACGUAUUCGACCAGCGUUGCUUUUGGGAUGAUUUCGCCACCGCUUCGGCCGGGCUGAGCAACAUUUCACCGUUCAUGGACAUGUGGCUUGCAGAGUUUACUGGAAACAAACGUAUCCGUGAAAUCAUGACGUACCCAAAUGCAAGCUGGAGGAAGAUGAUCCCGUGUUUUCCAGCGCCAGAUCGGUUUCUCGUGCAUGUGGCGGGCGACGAGCGAGGCAAGUUGUUGUCGCUCAACUUCAGCAACCUGAACACGCCGGACAUGCGGCCAUCUCAUCCCCCCUGGCUCACUUUUGGCCUGCUAUACGAUAUUGCGGAAUGCGCAUGGCACCAAGCAACUCCGUGGCGCCUUCGUCACAUCGAGUUCGACUUCCCUAGCGCUGCAUUGCCGCUGAGGUCUCGCGAACACUUCGUUCCAGCGAAGGCAGUCAUCUCUGAUAAGCUCCGUGCGGCCGCGAAAAGCCGUGCAGGGCUUGUGAGACUUCAUCUGCAGCCUGAUACCCGAUCGGAGGCGGAGCGACGGCAAGUGCACGAUGCAGCUGUUGCAGAAACAGACCGAGGAUGCAGAGAGGCUGCGAAUGAGCCAGGCGCCUGUUGCGCGUACGACCCCCUCGCCUGUGACGUGCAUAUCUUCACAGAUGAGUUUCACUUUGCUGAUGCGCUUUCGCUCGACGAGAUCGAAUGGGACGAGAUACAUGAGUACGACAUGCCUCGUGAGGAGAUGCAUGAGACGCCCCAACCUGUGAGGCCUAGACGGCGCUUCUUGGGAAGUGGCCUGCGGACACACAAGAUGAAGUUGCGAUCAGCUGUGUAGCCGCCACAAAUAAACACAUUCUCCAGGCUCUGUCGCUGCAUUAUCGGUCCGGGUUAGCGAUAGAACGUCGAAUGCUCUAUCAUGUUUACAGUGACCCGAGUGUAAGGUCCGUGGAGUAGUGAAGAGCAAGUCUCCAAGCGUCCAGUCAC